AUGCCACGUGAAUCGUUUUUCAAGAAAAAUGGACCAUUGAAGGUGACUGUUUUGGGUUGGGAUGGUGAGAAUAAUCGGAACCAAAAAGCGAACGUUCAUUGGGCCGAUAAUUCAAAAUGCAAAAUUCCAAAAUUGGAAAUAAAUGGUAGCGAAGUUAUCCACUUUUUUGACAAGGCGGAACCACUGAACUGCGAUUUAGAAUCGAAAGAUUGGAUUUACAUGGAUUCUAAUCGAAUCAUAAAAAUUACUAAUGAUGCAAUUAGCAAAUAUGGCGAAAUAAUUUGUACAAUGAAAGCUUAUCGCUCGCCAGAUGUAAUUAAGGUGAAAUUUGAUAAAGGAAUUGAAUUUCGAAAAGAAGUUCAGCUGAAUUCGAGUGAUUUUGCUAAAUUCAUUUGCAAAACUUCAUCCGAAAAUGGAAGAGUAUUGCCGAUAUGCUAUUCCUUCGCCUUGAUCAUAAAUAUAAAUAAAAAAGCUGAUAAAAUUUUGAGGAUACUUUCUCUCAUGACAAUCGCUCCGCAGAAAGAGCGAAUAGGGCAAUUGACGAAAAUCAAAAAACCAAACGAUUGGUCAGGACUCGACGUAUAUUUUUUAGGAUUCGACUCGGUUUCGCAUAUGACUUUUCGUCGAAAAUUGCCUCUCACGGUGAAAUUUCUUGAAGAGAAUUUGAAUGCGGUUGUGCUAAACGGCUAUAAUAUAGUUGGAGAUGGGACACUUCACGCUUUCAUUCCAAUUUUAACUGGAAAGACUGAAGAAGAAUUACCGCUCGCGAGAAAGCGUUUUAAACGAGCGCGUUUCGUCGAUGAAGUCUAUCCAUUUGAUUGGUUUCGCUAUACAAGUGAAUUUAUGUUACGCUAUAAAGCUUUGCCGAGAUUUCUUCUGGCACAUCAAUCACGAUACAGCCAUAAUUAUUUGAAUUUGGUUGAAUUGCAAGAUGAGCAUAUUGUUGAACAUUUUAUAAAACUACUGCAAACGAAUGUGCUAAAUAACAGCAUUAUUGUCACGAUGGCUGAUCAUGGACAUAGAUUUGAAAAAAUCCGACAAACACAUCAAGGCCAACUUGAAGAACGAUUACCUUUCUUUUCAAUUGCAAUGCCACGUUGGUUUCGAGAAAGUGAUAAAGGUCGCACAGCUUGGAAAAAUUUGCAAGAGAAUAAAAACAGAUUGACGACUCCCUUUGAUAUACAUGCAACAUUAAUGGAUAUAUUACACUGGCCAAGUGAAGAUGAACUCAAACGACCGGGAGAUUUGAAGAAACGGUCUUUAUCAUUAUUCCGACCCAUUCCAUCUUCAAGAACAUGCGCUCAGGCAGGAAUAGAUCCGCAUUGGUGUACUUGCUUAAAAUGGAAAAGUGCCAUGAGUCCCGAUCAGAUCAACAUUUCAAAAAUGCUCGCUGAUGUUGCUUUAGAUACCAUAAAUUUGCAUACUGAGCCAGAGAGAAAAAUCUGUGCUGAACUCCAUUUGGUACCCAACGUUUCAACGAUCUUUUUAACAACCAAUCUUACUGAAUUAGCCACUAUAAUAAUCGACAAUUUUUCCGGAAUGAAUCCAGCUCUUAUUCAGAAACUUGAGAGAGCUAAGCGAUUAUUACCAAACAAAGCUUUACUUGCUUAUAGAAAAUCUUUUGAUACGGACGGACGCCGACCUGAUUUAACCGGAAAUACUGAAGCGAAAUUUGCACAUUACCAACUCAAAUUUCGGACAGCACCAGGAAAUGCUUUUUAUGAAGUGACAUUAUUAUACGAUUGGAAUGAAAAUUCAGUAACUGUCGACAUGAAAUCGAUAAGUCAUAUAAAUAAAUACGGUGAUUUACCACAUUGUAUUAUUAAAAAAAAUUAUUUUAUGGCCAUGUAUUGUGUUUGUUAUGAUAAGAUUAAUCAAACUUCGUACAAUCACUGA